AUGAAUACUAGUACUGCAGAUAAAGGCACCUUCGUUAUCUACACCCUUGACAAGAGGCGCUUUGUGCUUCCCUUGUCCUAUCUUUCUAACUACAUUUUCCAAGAGCUAUUCAAGAUGUCUGAAGAAGAAUUUGGAAUAUCGAGUAGUGAUCCUAUUGUUAUCCCAUGCGAUUCACGCCUCAUGGACUACAUAGUCUCACUAGUGAAGCUUGGAAUGAGUGUAGAGUUGGAGAAAGCUUUACUCAACUCUGUCAUUAGAAGUAGUUGCUCCAUAUCUACUUUUGAUCGUCGAGGACAGACAAGCCAACAUUUACUCCUCUGUGGUUACUGA